ACCAGGAACAAGUCAUCCUUUCUUUCUUUUCUGUUUUUACUUUAAUUUACUUUACUUUACUUGACUUACUUCAUUCCUUCUUAUCAAAAAACUGAAACGGAUAAGAGAGGCCUGCAACAAUCAAAAGGAAGAACGAAGACACGAGCAACGACGAGGACGACAAUGAAAGAAGACGACGACGACGUCGGCCUUUCUGUUGGCUGCUGACCUAAUCCAAGAGUUGAGAUAAAGAUAGAGAAAGAGGAAAGUGGAAUAAAAAAGAGCAGAUCGAUAGGCCGGGUCAGUGUGCGUGAGAGCAGCGAGCGAACGUGCGAGAGAGCGUUAGCUUGUCAGAGAGAAAGAGAAAGAGAAAGAGAGGGUGCCCCGCCGUAUAACGGGGGUGUGGCCAAGGAUGGUGAAGGCUCCCACAAUGGGUCCCACGGGAGGACCCCAGGGCAUCAGGAAGAUUCAUCCCAGUCCGGAGAUCGCCAUGAAUCCUAGGAACCUACAAGCAGCCACCACCAAUUUCACCCCCACCGUUCUGCGCUCAGAGGCCAACACUCUCGGUGCUACGACGCACGCCUUUCAUCCUCAGGUGGACGUUUCAACGCAAGUUGAUCUUCACAGUGGUGGUGGAUCCUUUCACGGAGAUUGGGAUCGAAGAGCUACGCCACUUUAUUCGCGAGAAGACAUAAAGGAGCAAUAUUGCAUAACCAGUAGACAAUUGGACGCUGUUGAAAAAUCGACCGGUGGAUUUUUUGGUUGUUUAUCAACGAGAGGACCUUCGCCAUGCAGCUCGACCAGAAGUUCCAUUCUUUCUGCUUGUGUUAGAAGUGUCCCGAGCGAUGAAAAUCUUUGCGAUGCUCCUUAUCCUCGAUAUUCAUUACCUAUCAUGUAUCAGCAACCCUAUACGAACUUUUCCAGAGGUCAUUCUCGUUACGAUCUUGAAGAUGACAUUGAAGUUUUUCGACGAAGACCAAGAACAUUUUGCACCGUCUCCGAUCCUAAGAAAUACACGUGGUUGCCCGAAGACGAAGAAUCCAUCAGGAUGGAAGGCCCAAGGCCAGUAUUACCCCCUGUGCCUCCACCACCCUCUUCGCAAGGUCCUCAAGCUCCUAAAACGAAACACGUGAGUUUCGCCAGAUCGCAUACGCUCACAUCUUUCGACGUUCCCAGGAGUAGAAGUCCACCAAGGUCGCACAACCCGGAACGCCUUAUUGACUCGCAGCCAAUGAUGCAAAACACCACUGUGUCCUCGAAUUUACCCCUCGUCCAUUCUUACGCUCCACUCAUCCGUGAAAAGUUUCCGAAACGUGGCGUCAUGAAAACGCAAGCAACGCAGACAGAAAUCCCAGCAGAAUUUCGUACUAGAGUACCACCCGUAACACUAAGUCCUAGAACUAUUCAUAGAGUAAAGAUGGUCUCGCAGGGAGCUCAAACGAAUGGUCUAUUUAAUGGUAGAAAGUUGACGAAAAGUUAUUCCGAGGCAGGACAAUUGGGUACGCCUUUGGGUGGUAUACAAACUAGUCCAGGAUCCAAAGAGGAAAUGGAACACGAGCCACUUCACAGAACGCAAAGUGAGGAACCACCACGGUCACCGUUCAUCGUCGAUACUCCACCACCUCAAUUUCCUAGUCAUCCCAUCAACGAGGACGAAUCUUUGCCUAAUGGAGACAUCGACGGUCCUUUGUGUAAAUCGCAAGAUCAACGACAAAAAUCCAUCGAACUCGAAGACCAAGAAAUCCUUAUAGAUUUUAAGCCAGCUCCGGUUUCACCUGACGCACGUGCCAUUCUUAAUCGUUUGUCAACACCCACGCGAAGGUUCCUGCCACUACAAAAAACUCUUUCCGAUGGUGAAAUUAGAGUAGAGAGACGAGAAUUAGUCGGUGAAGCUGGUGAACCAAGUUAUCCGCAUACCUGUAGAAGAAAUCAUCAGGAUCCAUGGAGUAGGACGGUUAGAACAUCGGUUGAAUUUUCAUCUACUCCGGAGGAUCUUUCUCUUUUAAGAGUACCUUCUCCUCAAGACGAUCAUCACGAAGAAGAAUUUCAUGAAAAUCUUAUACGUCGUGGAAUUUUCCGUAAGAGGAGUGUAUCCCUCGAGGAUGGAGUACAGGGUCCAUUGUCCGGUGAUUUUAUGCUACCUAGGUCACUUCCAACAUCGCCUACCUCACCAACGUCAUCAGCACCUCGACGAAUGCCCCAAAGUCCAAAAGACGAACCACCAUUGAACCACGAAUUGGCGCACGUAAGAAAGAUUUAUAUUCCAUUAUCGACAACAUCUCCAGUAACUGGCAUUCCUGGGACUUCUCCGUUCGCCUCGAGUGAUUCCCUAGCGAACGACAUAACAAGGGACCACAGCGACGGAAUUUGGAACGAGUCCCAGGCUACGGUACUUCAAGCCGAUUCUCUCGCCUUGUUAACCCCAAAAAGGAGGCUUCUUUUACUUCUGCAACAUCAGCAAGACUCUUCUAUGGAUACCGAAGCACUGGACGCCGAAGAUGUGAAGGAGAUGCACACGCCCAGUCCAAGAAUACGCCUCGAGCCUGCAACGCCUGUACAACCUCUCACGCCAAGCGCUGACACUUCAACGAUGGCAACGAGCAACGGAAGAGCGAAAACUGGCUUCCGUCGUUCUAGUCCAGCACCAUCAUCCUCGCAACCACAAUCACAAUCGUCGAGCGAAUUUUGUUUGAGUCUAGCUAGAACGGAUUCUGGUGGUCGUACAAACACCGACCUUUCCGAAACCUCGACGACAGAGGAUUAUUUCACUGCCAAUACCUCGACCGAAACUGGGACCACGACUGGUACUUCCGCGACUACGAGUUCCUGGUCUAGGCCACCGCAAACGUCCAGUGCCGCGGCCUCGGCCUCGGCCUCRGCAUCAGCACCAGCAUCGACCACAGCCACCGCCGCAGAGGGUAGCUCUUUCGAGAGUGCUAGCUCGAUUUAUAGUCUAGCGAGAAGCGAGGCCGUGCUCGAGGAACCUUGUAGUCCACGACCGAUCGAGGAAGAGACAGAAGAUCCUUUCGGUGUUGAAGAAUUACUUUCUCCAGCAAGAUCAACUAGCAGUAGUAGUUCAGGAAGUUACGAUUUGAAGGAUGCAAUGGCGACAAUGCAGGAACUUGAUCAGAUAGCAUUAGAAAGUGGUCACGUUUCUGAGGCAGAGUUAGAAAAAGACGAAGGACAUCGUUCGUCAUCUGGUGGAUACGCCGAAUCCCCGCCAGAUCAGCGUGCUUGGAACGAAGAAGAACGUCGAAGGAAACGGAAAACUUUGGAUCUAACCAAUGGACUGACUCCCACGGAAUCGGAACAUAUUACGGAGUCUUCGUAUUUAGAUAAUGCGAGCACAUCUUCAAGGUCGAGAUCAAAACAAACACCUUCGAGGAGUCCUCAUCGUAAUAAUAGAAAACGAGACAAUGGUCAAUUGCAACAAAUUCAACAGCAACAGAAGCAACAACAGCCACAGCCACAAUCACAACCACAAGCAUCACCGCAACAGCAACAACAACAACAACAACAACAGCCAAUUAGCCGAAGUCCUCAAAAAGAAGAAUGGAGAUUGGAACAAAGUGAAGAUGGUACACAUGCAGCUACAUCCGAUGAUUCCAGCUGUAGUCAUUACUAUCGUAUGCAUCAUCAUCAUCAUUAUCAUAUGCAUAGAGACACUGGUGACAGUAGUAGGCAUCGUAGAACCAGGGAAAGUCCAAGAAGGAAAAAUGGUGGCUACGUACCUGUAAGAAGAAGAAGCAACGAGGAUAAGAAUGCCGCUAUAACUGGUAGUUUGCCAAGAAGAAGGUCUCGUAUAGCAGACGACGUUUGUUCAAAUCGUUUGAGUUUCGGGCGUUAUCAACGUAGUCCUGGACACGAGUAUCGUACCGUGAUUAUAGAUCGUCAUAGUCCAGAAGCAAGAUUAAAGGCUCUAUCAGCUGAAUCUCUUAGAUCUGUUAGUCCUGGUAGCGACAGUGUAUUUUAUAGCGAAGGAACCGAUCAGCCAUAUAUGACGGUUACUACAUUAGACGAACCACAUUGUCAUCAUUGUGGGAGGAAGAUUUACUUCGAGGUUUCCGAGGAAAUUGUCAAACCACCAGCGGAUUUUGCUGACUCACCGGAAGGACACAGAUCAACCAGUUCGAAACAUGGCUCUAGUCAAAGACUUUACAAGAAGUUUGACAAGAGAUAUCGUUUGGAGGAUCGUAGCGAUAGAAGACAUCGUCGUAGUGCUGGCCGAUCUGACAUUCGGGCUAAAUCGGAGGAACGUGCUGGACCAAGAUCAGGAAGCAGAGGAUCGAUAGAUGAAACUGCUGCUGGUAGAAAAAGACUACAAGUUCGAAGUACAGAUGCUAGCAUGGAAAUUCUAACAGGGAGAGAAGAUGAAGAUGAUUACGUGGAACCGUAUACAGGUGCAGAAUGGAUUUACAUCGGUGAUUUUGAGGAAAGUCACGUUUGGCGUCGUCCGGAUAGUCGUGACAGUGACGACGACAUUUUAGGAAGUAUACUCAAAGAACGAAGGGGUUCUCAGGAAUCGACAGAAAGCGAAAGAAAUUUUCGACACAAGUAUCAAGCGGCUACACAUCGGAUGGUUCAUCGAAAGAGUAGCGGCGAAAUGUACAGGAGAAUACAAACGAAAAAUUUUGAGAGCGACAAAAGGGUGAUCGUGAAACGAGAGGCCGAUGGGGAGUUUGGAUUUCGAAUUCACGGAUCAAAACCGGUGGUAGUAUCCGCGAUCGAACCAGACACACCUGCUGAGAGUUCCGGUUUGGAGGUUGGCGACAUUAUAAUGUCGGUGAACGGUAGAAGCGUCAUGGACGCGACCCACUCGGAAGUCGUCAGGUUGGCUCAUUCCGGUACGGAUGUCCUCGAGCUGGAAGUCGCUAGGACGUGCAACGUCCUAGCACCGCGAGUGCCCAGGAAUGGGGCUAAGGAUGCACAGGAAGAGCCUAUUUGUACGGGUUAUUUAUGGAGAAAAUCGGCAACUUCUUCUAACACGGACAAGUGGGUUCGCAGAUGGUUCGCCCUGCGUCGCGACAAUUGUCUCUAUUAUUAUAAGACUGACUCGGAUUCACAACCGGUAGGAGCGGUAAUGCUUUUGAAAUACGAAGUGGAAGUUACUCCCGAAUUGAGACUGCACAGUUUUGCUAUAAAGAAACAAGCAGCCCCUACGUUACGGCUCGCUGCCGAUACGGAAGAAGCGGCGAGCAGGUGGGCUACGGUUAUUAAGGAAGCCAUCGAACGAAACAAUCAGGUAGACACUUGGUUGAAUGCCUCGUUGAGAAUGCGUGAAUUACCAGCUUGCACUAUACAAAAGCCCGACUGCUUUGGUUAUUUAAGCAAACAACAAGAACACGCGAAAAAGACAUCCUCGCCUACCGGCUGGUCCAGACGAUAUUGCGUAUUGAAAGAUGCCGCUUUGUAUUUCUACGAUGACGCCAACGCUGAGAAGGCAUUCGGUGUUACCUGUCUUCAUGGUUUCAGAGUUUACGGUAGCGCACCUAAUUCCGGCGGCAGGAAGCACGCCUUUGAGCUGCAACCACCGGAUCCCACGCAAAGAAGUUACACCUUCGCCACGGAGUCCGAGAUGGAUAAGAAACGCUGGUUAGCAGCGUUAGAAUACUCGAUCGAUCGAUGGAUAAAAAUAGGUUGAUGUGACCAAUGCAACAGCUCAGAAAGCGAAGACGACGAAAGAACAAAUAUCACACGGAAAAAUAAAAAGAAAAGAAAAAGCGAAUGAUAAACCAACACAACCUUCACGGGAACCCUUUGCCUCUUCUCCCGUUUUCGGUUCCUAUUCGUGAAUCCUCAUCGCGAUCGCAACUCGAGAGGAUGAUCCAUGAACGUUUGAUUAAACUCUUAUAAUCGCGAGAAUUUAAAAUAAGUUUUAUCGUAGAGUGAGAAAAGAAGGAAAGAAGGGAAGACACUUUUUGCCAAAGUUUGUGUGUCAAAGUUUUCAGUGACUUUUCAACAAAAGAUUAUAUACGAUGACGACGACGUACGCGUAAAACGUUUUCGAUUUUUGUCUUAUCGAGAAAAUUGUCAAAGAGACACUCGUUAGUAGUUUCAUCGUCAGCGUAGAUUGCGAUCUAGGAAGCCAAUGAAAAAAACGCAAAAAAAAAAAAAACAAAUAGAGAAAAGAAAGCCAAACGACAAUUUAGAAUCGUUCAACACAUCGAUCGUUUUAUUCAUAAGAAAGAAGAUUAACAAAAAAAAAAAAAGUAAAUAAA